AUGGCACUGUCAGAAAUCUCUUCUAAAAGGUUCAGCGAACCAAAGAGCUUCCACAUCUUUGGAAGCGGUAUUUCAUUCAGCAUUUCACCAACAAUUCACAAUGCUGGAUUCAAGCAUUAUAAUCUUCCAUACUUCUACGAUAUUCGGGAGUCGGCGACCAUCAAUGAGGUGGCUGGGUUGAUUGCGCAGGAGGAAUUUGGCGGAGGCAGCGUUACCAUGCCCCACAAAUUGCAAGUUCAUAAGUAUUGCGAUGAUCAAACUGAGACGGCUAGUUUGAUUGGUGCAAUCAAUACCCUGAUUGUCACAAGAAAGGCCAACGAGCGCAAGAUCAUUGGCGACAACACCGAUUGGUCGGGGUUGUACAACAUUAUUGUCGAUUACGCUGCGCGAACAAUGCAACAACCGAAUACUGGCCUCGUCAUUGGUGCUGGAGGAGCUUCUCGAGCGGCAUUAUACGCCAUGCACCGGGCUGGUCUCAAGGAAAUCUAUCUCGUCAAUCGAACCUCGACUGUUUCCGAGAAGGUGAAGGAGGAUUUUAAGGCUGUCUUCAAUAUCACUGUUCUUCCAUCUCUGGAAAAUCUGCCGCAGAAGCCCGAUAUCAUCAUCGGAACAAUUCCCGCAGAGACUACCAAGGAAGAGCAAUUCCAUUCAAUCUUUGGUCUUCGGGGACUUUGUAUCGAGAUGUCUUACAAACCAAGGCAAACACCGCUCCUCGCAGUGGCGCAAAAGAAUGAGAUGUGGGAUACGGUGACGGGGGUCGAAGUGCUGCUUGCCCAGGCAUAUGAUCAAUUCAGGCUGUGGACUGAACUUGACCCGCCAAAGGAGAGCAUGAUAAAUGCAGUUGUUGAGCACGAGCACCGAAUGAUGUCAGCAAACAAGGGAGGCAUGCUAUAG